ACGUGCGCACGCACACACGCACGCACACAGAGACAAUCACACGGAGUUAACGCCAAUUUAAUUUGUAUAAUAAUUAAACCUGGUUCUCGAAAUAUGAGAGAGACUUCCUCCCGAGAUUCAUUCGCAGCUAAUGCGUCGUCGUUUUCAACCUUUCUCAACUUUUGUAACUCAAACCUUAAUCUUCUUCUUUCUAGAUUCGGUAUCUUCUGACGACGAUUCAGCAUAAAUUUACAGAAUUAGUUGUUGAUUGGUUGAUCAUUGGAAAAUCUAUGGGAGAAGCUCCUGCAUUCGUUGUAGACUAUCUCGAGGGCAAUUUCACUAACGGGCUUCACUUGAAGUCUAAGGGGUGUCGAACUUCGAUCGACAUUGGUUGCGAUAGAACAUAUAUCAUUGGCGAAUCUGACGAAAAAUCUAUUGGAAUUCAAAUUUUCGAUAAAUCCACCGGCGAAUGUGUGGACCCCAUUGUGUUGGGAACAAAACCGAAGCCAACGAAAAGCCACUCUGCUAUUCUCUUAGACGAAGAUCGGAUUUUGGUUAUUAAGGGGAACACGAACUCCGAUGAUAGCUUCUGGUUUCUCGAGGUUAACACUCCAUUUGUGAGAGAGCAGAAAACUCGAUUAGGGGCUGAAGUAGUUGCUUGGAGUAAAGCAGUGAUAGGCGAAGCUGAAAAGCCGUUGGUUAUUAGCGGUCCAUCUGGUGUGGGUAAAGGUACACUAAUUUCGAAGCUGAUGGAAGAAUUUCCGUUUAUGUUCGGAUUUUCCGUAAGCCACACAACUCGAUCACCGAGGAACAACGAGCGAAAUGGGGUCCACUAUCAUUUUACGGAGCGUAAUAAAAUGGAGAAAGAUAUUGAUAACGGGAAGUUUCUAGAGUUUGCUGCCGUUCAUGGGAAUCUUUACGGGACUAGUGUAGAAGCCGUUGACGUUGUUGCUGACAAAGGAAAGAGAUGCAUCCUUGACAUUGAUGUGCAAGGGGCAAGAUCGGUGAGGGCGACUUCUCUCGAGGCUAUUUUUGUCUUUAUAUGUCCUCCCUCGUUUGAGGAGCUUGAGAAACGCCUUCGCUCAAGGGGAACUGAAACCGAAGAACAGAUCCAAAAACGGCUCAGAAAUGCUAAGGCGGAACUCGAACAGGGGACUUCACCUGGUCUCUUUGAUCAUCUUUUGGUUAAUGAUGACCUCGAUAAGUGUUACGAGAAACUUAAGGAACUUUUGAAUCUUGGUCAUGCUGUCAAGCCUAGCCACAAAUCAGAUUUGAUUCACGUGCCUAUGGAACACACGGUAUCUAAAAUUGACGAGAAGGUUCUAAUAAACUGUGGUGCGUCAGAGCAAGAAAAGUCGGGUGUAAACAUGUAUGUGUUGGAUUUAGCUUCGAUCAAAGGUGGGGCCCCCGCUCGGACUAGGGGUCUCGAUAUUUACGGGGUGGAAUCUUCCUUGAAUGGCGUGAUUGGUGCCCAAGUGCUGAACUAACAACCUCAUUUUUUUCUCGUCUAACGACUUUUUUUUGUUCGUCCCUUUUUCAUUUUCUUCGGCAUGUUGUUAUUUUAUUGAAGUUGAAGGGUAACUUCAUGCUUCUCGGAUUCUGAUCGAUAGCAAUUUUGAGUAGCCUUUACUUCCAGAGAGAGAGAGAGAGAGAGAGAAUUAUUCGCGCAGCGGCUUAGAUUUGUUUGAAUUGUAAGCUUUUUCGUUGUGUUUACAUGCGUUAUUCAUGGCAAAAAAAUUUCGACUUCUGCGUAA